UAGUUGAUCAUAUGAUCUUCCUAGUUUAGCUUAUAAGUCCGGGCUUUAGCCAUAGAAAGUUGCGAGGCAUUGUUUUCGUUUGCGAACGACUGAGCGUUAUCUCUGUUGUGUGUAUCUGUGAGUAACUUGUGCUUUUCGACUCUGCCUUUUGCUGUGCGCUCUGGAUUGUUUGCCCUGGAUCUCUGAUUACCGUGUUUGACAUCGUUUUGUUUUUAACUAAGCCUUCUGCCUGCUCCCUUUUGGAUUAUCGCAAUGAUUGUUUCUUUAUAUCUGUUGUGUCUUCUGGAUUUGAACUCUGCCUGUUUUUUUCCUAAAUUCGACUAGAUUUCACUAAAGCUUCUGUGGUUUAUUUCUAUAGCGAUGCUUUGAAGGUGAAGGAAGAAACUCUUCGGUGAUACCCGUCUCUUGCAUGUAAAAGAAGGUUAUUUGCAUUUAGAGAUCAAAGUCAGAAUCAAGCCUUCGCGAAACAGCUUGAAGAGAAACCUGCCAAUAUGUUCUCUGCCCACAAAGCUUUGAGUCCAUGCUUUUAUACCCCAGUUAUUUUUGACAUAAGGUAUAGUCCACAUCUGGUUCUUUUUAAAAUAGCCUCCGCUUAUUUUGAAGCUAAGAGGGAGAAAGCGAGGGGCCCAUCUCUCUCUUGGGACCUGGAACUUUAAACCUGGGCCCCUUUACUCAAGCUCAACAUUGGAUUCCAUAUGAAGUGAAAAAUCACACAUGGAGUUUUGAGAGCACACAACUGAAUGCAUAUUAGAGCCCCAUAUCAGUGUUAUAUAUAAUAUGCCUUGAUAAAAACGUUGGUUCUAACUGGUUGUGGCUGGCUUCCAAUGUUGGCCAUUUAAAGUAUUCCGUGACACUAUUAGGACUCCGUGGAGAGGAGCAAUUGUUUCUUCUGUGAAGUCCACUGUGUCCGGCAUCUCCACUCUCCCCAACAGGCUGGUGGAGCUGUGCCCCCACCUUAUUUUCUCUUUUCUAUUAAGUUUAGAGAUUGAUGGUGAGGACGAGCAACUGUCAACGCAAAGACCAAAAUGACACCUGAAAAUAACAAGGCAGUUUAAAAAUAUGGAAUUGUUUGGUGGCCUACUACAGUUAAGUUUAGAAACACUGGUAUAAAUGUUUAAAUCUGUAUGUUUCAGAUUUAUCAAUGUUAAGUUUGUUCGGGGUACUAGAGAAAACUUUUGUCAUUUUGUUGAAUGGUUUUCUGUUUAAUGUAAAAAUAUGGUUGCAGCAAGAAUUAGAAUGAUAAGUCAGUUUGGUAGUUCUAAACUUGACUAGUAUGGUAAAAUCUGGUUUAUUUUCAAAAGAUGGUUGGUCAAACUAAAUGCAGUACUGUUAUUGUUGUUGGGUUCAUGAGUUCUGUGUAGAACUCAGACAUCUGAAGCCAGUGUUGAGUCUCGGGAGGUGUCUGUUUUUUGCUAUGUACUGAUUUUAACCCUUUAUGCUGUGGCCUACUUGGAGUCUACUUUCUCUUUUAAGUUUAGAGAUCGACGGCAAAGAAUGUCAGUCAACGCGAAGACCAAGACGCCUGAAGCAUAAAACAAGUUUGAGAGAAUGUGAAGACCUGGAUGAUGCAACUUCAGAGGAGGAGGAUGCUCUCCUGGAGCUCCUACGAAGCCCACUGUCGCCAUGGAAGGAGGAAGUGUCAUGGAGUCCACAAGCCUUAGCCCUGAGAGAAGUGGCUGUGAAGACACCAGAAAUUCUUAAAGGCAACUUCAUAUGUUCAUUCUUCACAAUUCUACAUAUUGUAGACAAGGGGGUCUCCAAAAUUGAUGAGGGACUGUUGAUGUUCAGCUGUUUGGAAGAGUUAGUGCUAAGUGCUAACAACAUCACUGAGCUUCCUUCCAGUAACCUUCCAAUGACGCUGCGGGUUCUGGAACUGUAUGCCAAUCAGAUUAAAAGCCUCAAGAGUGUGAACACCCAUCCUCCUCCUCGUCUCCAACAUUUAGGCCUUGGGAACAACUGCCUUGGCUCUCCAGAAGACAUACAAUACUUUACUGCAGACCUUUGGCCCCAGCUGAGGUCUCUAGAUCUAAGCUGGUCUGGAUUUACAGAGCAGUGUGCUCUAAUAGAAGCUCUCUUUGCACUGCCCUGUCUACAAAGUUUAGUUCUAGAGGGCAACCCCCUGACACUAACCCCCUCAUAUCCAGGCUUUGUGCUGGACAGCCUGUUCCGCUUGCUCUACAUGGAUGGAAAGCGAGUAACACCAGAGGACCGUCUUCGCUUCAGUGGCCUUGCCAAACUCAAAGGUCCAGUUUGUGAGGAAGCAGAGGUCAUUGUGUGCAUCCAGAAGAUGAAGGGUGUUCCAAGCCCUGCUUUGCCAUUAGAUGAGUUCCCUGUGAUCAGCCACAGCUAUUCAGUCUCCUAUGAAUUUCUCAAUCAACCUCAGUUUCAGGAAAAUACAGAUGUGGGUGGUACCUCAACAAAUAUCCCUCAGAAUCUGCAAGAGCAACAUGAGGAAGAUGAGUCAAUCUCACAUACGCCAGCAGAUCCCCUGAGAACAAGCAGAAAAGACCAGAAUAAGGACUCUAAUAAUCCUGUAGUGAUGAACAGCACACUUAAGCAAGAGUGGGCUGAGGUGAUUGAGUUUAACUAUACAACAACGCACCGCAUCAGCGACCUGCCAGCACUCAAGAAUUUCUUUCUUAGAGGUCUGUGGCUCACUGUGGAAGAAGAGAAGGUUCUGUCGUGGCCUGCACCUCCUGCUGUAAAUGCUGAAACCAAAACAUCAGCAGACAAGAAAGGAAAAGAGAGUACAGAUACAGCUCAAAAGUUAAAGGACAAGAAGAAGAAAAAGGAACCUGUGCUCAACCUAAUACAGGAGGCGCCAGUCAGACGCACACUCAGUACAGUUCACGUGGAACUCAAAGAUCUACUGGAAGGAAAGGAUAAAAUUCAAAUGGAGUGUGAUCUGGGGGUGUUGCUCUCAGAUCAGAAUGUUAGGACCACAGUGACCCGUGAAAAGGAGCUAAGUAAGAAGCCCAAAGAAGAUAAGAAGGAAGACAAGAAAAUAAAGCCAAGUGGAGAUAUAAUAAGUUCUCAAAGGAAUAUAACUUCUUCAAAAGGUAAAGGUAAAGGGCGGAAGGAGAGUGAGACAGAUGCUCCCGCAGAUGAAAGCAGCCCUUCCAACAUGGAGCCUCUGACUGUGGAGCUCAGUGUACAGCUUAGCAAAGUAUUGUCUGUAUUGUCAUAGUUCUCAAACCUAAAGACGAUGAAAUAAAUAAGCUUUAAUUUCUCACAACAUUCUCAAACCUAAAGACGAUGAAAUAAAUAAGCUUUAAUUUCUCACAACAUUCGGUGUGAUCUUUAAGGUGACCAGAUAUUCCAUGACUGGUAUAGUGGAGGUUAAUAUGCAAUAUAUAUUCAAAAGUUUGUAGACACUUGCUCAUCGUUUCUUUCAAAAUCAAGGGUAUUGAUUGAUACAGGGUUUGUUCCCCUUUUGCUACAGUAAUAGUCUUUCCUCUUGUGGGAAGGCUUUAAACUAGGUGUUGAAACAUUGCUGUGAGGAUUUGACUACAUUCAGUCAUGAGCAUUAGUGAGCUCAGGAAUUGAUGUUGGACAAUUGGGUCUGGAUCACUCCAGCUUAUCAGAGCUCCAUCACUCCGGAGAAUGCAGUUCCACUGCUAGCAUGUAGCAAUGUUCAUAUUUUCACAAUAAUAAAGAUUAUGUAAAUCAGAAA